UAAAUCGCAUAAAUAAAACCUACGCUUGUUUUGCUUGAAAGAACAAAAGAACAACCGUUAACACUGCAGUGAAAUUGGCACUGAUAAAAUGAAGGGAGCCGUAUUUUUAUUUGUAAUCGCAGCGACUUUGCUUUUCUCUGAAGCAAAACACGUUAAAACUGAAAAACCCGACAAGACCCCCGCUACAGCGGACACAGAUAAGCCGGUCCAUGUUGGAUUCCGUGUGCCGGCUUUCGCUAUUCGACUUCCAUUCUUCGGAGGAUUUCCAUUCAUGGGGGCUAACAUCGCAAGUCGAGCCAAGGAACUAAAGAAGAAAAUGGCACUAGACGGGAAAUUCGAUGACGAAAAGAUGCCAAACCUAAAAACAAAGACGAAGACGUCUAACUCGACUCACGGCCCGUUCAAAACAUAUACGGUGACAACAGAGACCGUGAACGAGAAAAACAAAUCGAACCCACAGGUUUACGAGAAGGUCAUCAAAUCAAUUACCACUUUGGAUAAUAAGAAUUCAACGGGAAAUGUUACCCUGCCGAAAAUCACGUCGACCCAAUUCAUUUUCAGUCCGUUCGGGUCUGGCAUGGCUGGGAUGCAAGACAAUGACAGCGAGAAUGUCAAGCUGCAGGAUUGUUCCCCUAAAAAGCCAUGCCCUACUGGCCCAGAGGAAAUGUACUGCGAUGCAUUUUUCGGUGUUUGCAAAAAAAAAGUUAUUCCAGGCGAACCAUGCACACAAAAGGAUCAAUGCAAGAGCAACUAUCUGUGUACCUGGGGAAGAUGCGUCCGGAAUGCUGACGGCGAGGGUAGUGCAGGUACCUUUUGCGACCAGGAUUCCGAGUGUCACGGGGCAUCUGCCGAUGAAGAGCUCGGCUGUUUUAAGCAGCCAGACAUCAGCAGAUUCGCUAAGGUCUGCAGUCCCAAACUGAGUGAGGGCGCAACAUGUGGAAGGUUCGGAAUCUUCGACGUGUUUCAGCAAGACGACGAACUGAGCAGCCGAUGCCGCAAGGAUCUCGUCUGCAAGGCUGUCGGGUUCUUUGGACGCAAAGCCUGUAUCAGGGAAGCUGUCGCCUCGCCUGCUCCAGAGGAGACCAAGGCACACGACAUCGAAAAGAAACACCAUCACCGCCAUCACCACCACCACUAAACCACGGCCGUGCUUAAUCAAGACUGGAGCAUAUAAACGCACGCAUAACUAACAGAGUUGUGAUUUAAAGUUCUACUAUCAGACACAAUUGCAUAAAAAAAACAACUAAAAUAAAAUCAAAACAUUUAAAUAUU